AUGGCGGAUGUCGAAAUGAGCGACGCCCCUUCCGUAUCCAAAAGAGCAGAUGUUGCGAAUGGGAAAGGCUCCGAAGCCAAGAAAAAGUUUGAAGUCAAAAAAUGGAACGCCGUCGCACUCUGGGCUUGGGACAUUGUUGUUGAUAACUGCGCGAUCUGCCGUAAUCACAUCAUGGACUUGUGCAUAGAAUGUCAAGCCAAUCAAGCCUCCGCUACCAGCGAGGAAUGCACAGUGGCGUGGGGAAUUUGCAAUGCUAGAUCAGUCUGCCCUCUUGAUAACCGUGACUGGGAGUUCCAGAAAUAUGGCCGAUGA